GGCUUCUAUGGAUAAAAGGAAUGGUAUGAGCAUAGCUUUGGAUAACAAUAUCCAAUUGGCUUUGUGUUUAAUAUGUCAGUAUUUGUGUAACACUGCUCACAAUAACAACAUACUUAUUCCAGAUAAUAAUAUUCAUAGUAUCCUUUGUACUCUCGGUGUAAACCAUUCCAACAGUGAUGAGAUAUUAGCCAGUAAGGUACUUUAUGAUUGCAGAAUUAUGAUUUUUUUAAGUGCUUAAAUGAGGUCCGCUUCUGGCCAAUCUCUUAGGCGCCUAUUAUGAAACUCAAUACAUCUGUAGCAAAUGUUACCCCCCCCCCCCCCCCCUCUUCAGGAUCAUGGUUGAUGCCAUUUUUAGGUACUCAGAGUCAGACUCUACUUCUAUUACCAACUGACGCCAUGGCAGGAAGGACAUGUAACCCCACCAGCUCCAGUACUUAACAAGUCCAUUGAGUCUGCCAGGGUUGUAUAAGUCACACGACUGUCUGCUCUAAAUGGGGUCAAGGGGCAGUGGAUGUAAACCCAAAUCAGAUGUGUGUGUGAUGGAUGGUCAUAAGAUACCCAAUCGAUGAGGUGCUAAGACCUGUGACAUGCUGGAGGCUUAUAUGACAUUGUUGUGGAUAUGGUGUCAGUGUAAUUGUAGAACAUGGUGUUCACCCUGCAUGUCAUGAUGACCUAAUUAUUAUAAGGUCGUUUUAAUCACCAGGACAAAGUGGCUCGGGGAGACUGGCCAACAUUAAUCACAUAUUUGUUCAUCCCUCUCUUUGGGAUUAUGAUCAUCUCUGUAGAAAUUAUAGAAUUAAUACAAAUAUUGAAUAAUUUUUCUUUCGAAUAGAAACACUUCCAAAUAAGGCCAAUGUGAUUGAAGAUUAGUGUGCUUAACACCUGCUUCACAUUGAUCAAAAGAUCAUUACAUAAACAAUGUAACAGAAAAAUCUGAAGUAUGUAGACCUAUAAAAUAAAUAUGGUAAACAUUCCAGUAUUUGGUAAAAUAUUGUUACAGGGUGUGACAUUGGCAAUGUUUGUGACCUUGUUCAACCUCUGUUUAAUAAGUGUAGGUAAAAAGAAAUCCUCAUGCCCCAGUUGAUAACCCGGGAUAAACACAGUUUAUGCAGUGUAGGCCUAAUGGAUACCAUCAUUCCAAUUAAGCCUGUCAAAAUAAAAUUACAAUAUUUAAUCAGUUUUCAACGAAUCUGUUGUAGCAAUUAUUGAGCAGUCCAGUCAGUUAUGCAGUCUAUCCCUAUAAGGAAGCGUCUGAACUGUUGCCUGGCAGAACACUGUAUUGAGAUUACCGCUUUUGGCAGUGUUGAAUGUCAAUUGCCAAAUCACCAAAAGGGGCUCCCAACAGGUGUCAAGGAAAACGACCAUGUAAACUUAAUUAAAAAGGUGCACUAUCAUACGUACACUAUAUGAUUAUAAUGGAGAAUAUGGUAACAGUUCUUCAUAUUUAGGUUGAUAUGAUAGGGAGGAGUGUUCCUUAAGGCAGGUCCCCACGUUAUCGAAGCAUUUGACCACAACUAAAACAAAAUCAUAAUUCCCAGGGGGUCUGGUGGUGAAUCCAAAGCUAGCAGGGUGCCCCACAGCGAAGUUCCCGCCUCAUUAUGUAACUCCUGCUAUCAUAAAUACAGACCUUAACUGGCACUUCCACAGUUUGUCAGGGAAAAGGGACGAGUCAGAUACACGGACGCAGCAAUCCAUCCUAUUGGCAGUCAGAACAUAAUAGGACUUGCAGGCAUCUCAUAACGACGCGAAAUGGACUUCGAUCUGCCACCCACUUUUCCAGCCAGCGGUAUCGCAUGGGAGAGGGUCCUGCCGCCUCUUCUUCCCGGGCUGAACGGGACAUUCGGGCUGUACUCAUUCACGCCGUCGGAGCUGCUCACCCCAGUGACGGAGCAAACUGGCUCUGCACAGGUGUGUUGUGACCACAGUCGAUUCACAGUUCAGGUUGAUGUAAAACACUUCAACCCAGAAGAGCUGAUGGUCAAGGUGACAGGAGACUUUGUGGAGGUCCAAGGGAAACACAAAGAGAAAAAAGAUGGGUCGGGGCUGGUGACGCGACAGUUUAACCGGCGCUACAGGAUUCCAGAGGGAGUGGACUCCAUGGCUCUGGAGUCGGCUGUGUCGCCUGAAGGCAUCCUCAUCAUAUCGGCCCCUAUGCUGCAGGGGGAAAACUCCAGACACCUGUCCCACUCAGAAUCAUGAGCAUACACACCAUAAGAACAAACACACAAUCCAUAGGAACCAGUGUUGGGGGGGGGGUGUCGUAGUAAACUACAUGUAGUUCAACUAGUAAUUUAACUACAUUUUGCAGUAGCUUGGUGGCAGUUCAUAUCUGGUAGUUUGCUACACAGCAAAAAAAAAAAAAGUAGUUAACUACUGGAACUACACACUACUUCUUUUGCAAAUAGAAGACAUGAGUGAAGUAGGCAAUAAUUUCCUUUCUUUUUCAGUAUUACCCCUUUCUAAUUCUCAUUUGAAACAGUUGUUUAAUAUGCUAAAUUACACAUUCUGUUAACAUCUUACUCCAGAGUGAUCUGUUCUUGCAAUUUGUAGUCUGACAUUUCACAUUUAAAAUAGUGUAUUGCAAAGAAGUUUGCAAUUUGUAAAAUUAACUUUAGUUGAAGAAAAUAAAAAAGUAGUUAUGGGUAUCUUAACUUCUUCCAGUGUGAAGUAAUUGGUAACUUGGUAAACUGUACACACACCAAAUAAGGAUAAAGCAAAAAUACAGGCACAUUCUCCUCCAACAGACAUAUCAAACACUCACCAAGGAGCUGGUGCCUUCCUGUACCAAAACACCCAUUAACUAAGCCGUCACAGCAUUAAAAUUCCCUGCCCUCUCUCUCUGAGGUUUGUACAUAUUAACAGGACAGAUCUCUCAUUUAAAAUCAUCCCUCAUCCUAAAGAAUCUCAUUUAACUCAUCAAUCUUAAUAUUUUUAUGGAACCAUUCAUUGUAAAUAUAUAAAACCAUUGAAAAUGUUGAUUUGAUUGUGUGGUGUGUCUAAUGCCCUCUAAAUCAUGUGUAAAGGUUUUAACACUCAGAUUAUCAAGUAUGUUCACAAAACCCAACAGUAAGGUUGUUGUAUAUUUAACUAUUCAUUGUAAAAAUAUAAUUUGUUAACAAAAAUAAAUGCACUAUAUUUCGGUACAAAAAUAAAAAUGCUGUUGAAUUGA